UGUGGGUUGUCCUCAGCUUAAUAAUAAAUACAGAUUAUGGGUUUGAUAAAGCCUCAGCAAACGUGACUGAUAUCAAAAUACUCACAGAUGGCUGAAACAGAACAAUUGUAAUUGAUUGAUAUACGGUAACAAUUAACUUGUUUUUACUGUUAAGUAUAUAAUAAUAGACCAGGAUGUAACACAAUCCUAUAGACAAACAUUUCUGCUAAACAAAUGGACUUCUUCAGUUUCAACGAUUUGAUCAAAUUCAACACAAUAGGUGUUUAUAUGAACAAUUAUCUCGUAUAUUUAACUUUUAAAAAUAGUUUGUUCCUUGUGAAAUAUAAAUCGGAAUGGAUAAAAGUGAACAAAAAUUUAGUCUUGUUUUGCUAGUUGGCUUCUAUCAAGUACACCUGUCUAAGGCAAAUAUAAGGUACCCAUAUCAGGAUAAGUAUUCAAAAUAGAGCAAGGACUAUGCAAGACAAAUGCUUAGCACAUAAAUGUAAAUAAUAAUAGAAAAUUCAAAACUUCAAACACGACAGAACACAAACAAUCUCGAACUACCACACAAAUCCAAAAUGAGAAACGGUUCUCUAGAAGUGAAAGCAUCGCCUUUAGUUUAUCUAAUUUGUUAUUGACCAACAUUUUAUAAAAGUAUUCUGCCUUUGCAACAGAAUUGACAAAAUAAAAAAGAAAGUAUCUAUAGAAGGACGGUAUAUCCCAUUCCAAAGGUGGAAUGGCAGUUUCAUGGAGCUAUAAAUCUCAUCAUGUAUUAUCUAAACUUCUUCAAUACCUACAAUAGAAAAGACAAACCGUUUUCGCCAUCAAACAUUUGGCAAGAGCAAAGUUAAAUGUUAACUUAUCGAAAGCAGAGUCGAAUUGCUGGCAUUGGAAUCUGAAUAAAUAUAAUAUAAUUAUAUCUGUUGAUUAAAAUAGUAAAAUCGAUAUUACCAGAAACUUGAAUAACAAUGAAUAUUUGUGAUUAUUCAAUAAUUUACUUAAUCUAAUAGAAAAAUUACAUAGAGCUCAUUUUGAAUAAAAAAGCAUAUUCACCGGAGAAAAAGUAUAUUCACCGCGGGAAAUUGUGUAAGCGGUUUAUUUUUAGAUUUCGGGAAAUUCCCUAUUUAUAUUAUCCAAUGAAAAUUAAUCUGCCAUUUCUCACGAGACAUUGUCGUCUGUUUACAUCAACAACAAAAAUGGCAGGUGUUGACACCGGCUCGUCUCAAAUGUACAGAAACCACGCUUUACAAGUGUUAACGACAAAAAAUGUCAACAAAUUAUAAGGGAUAAAGACUCGAUGAACACUCAAAAGGCAACUAAAAGAUCAGUAAAGCUAUUUACAAAUUAUCUCGAGGAGAAAGACAUGCCUACUGACAUAGAAAACUAUCCUGUCAAAGAACUUGACAGUGUCCUAUCAAAAUUUUAUGCAGAAGCAAGGAAUAAAAAUGGGGAGCUGUAUAAAACGACAACAUUAAAAACACUAGAUACGGGAUUAAUAGGUAUUUAACUGAAAAAAGAGAUAUUGACAUUCUCAAAGACCCGGACUUUAUGAAAUCAAAUAAAAUGUUCAAGGCGAUGUCGGUUCAGCUAAAACGUGAUGGCUUAGGAGGGAUUGAACAUUAUCCUCCAAUUGAUGAGGAUCAUAUUAAGACAAUAUAUAGUUCUCUAACACAAAUGGAUCCAGUGUCUCUUCAACACAAGGUUUUUGUUGAUUUAAUGUUGUACUUUGGUCGACGAGGACGGGAAAAUCUCAGAGAUUUAAAAGUAAAGGACUUUGAAUUUUCCAAACAAGGUGGUGGUGAUAAAAAACAUAGAUAUAUAAGAAUACAACCAACGGGAUGAACUAACAAAAAAUCACAAGGAAGAUACAAAUACUGCAGUUGGGAAAAUGUAUGAGGUGAAAGAUGAUGUUAAGUGUCCAGUUAGGAGCUUCAUAAAGUAUACAACCAAACUUAACAAAAACUGUGAAUAUUUCUUCCAAAGGCCAAAAACCACCAUAAACGAUGACUCUGUGUGGUACGAUGCGUCGCCAUUAGGACAUAACACCCUGGGUGGUAUGAUGCCAGUGAUAUGUGAAAAAGCAGGUCUUGUGAAAAGAUACACUAACCAUUCACUUCGCGCAACAACUGUUCAUGUUUUGGAUGAGGCUGAUUUUGCCGGAAGGCAUAUUAUGUCAGUAACAGGUCACAAAAGUGAAAAUUCUUUAAAAACAUAUACAGGAUUUACAUCAGAUCGUGCACUGAAUAACAUGUCAAAUGUUAUUAGUGAAAGUCUUCGGACAGAUGCUACAUCUACAACUUCUUGUGAAAAACCUACUGCAGUUCCUGAUCGUAAUGAAGAAGAAAUGGUCCAAAUUGAAAAUGACACUGACAUUAUUGACUUUAUGCUUUUAUCUGAUUCACAAAUGGAUAAUUUAUGCCAAGAUAUUACUAAUCCUAACUCUUCACAUAGACCGGUGGCUACUUGUGAACAGCAACAACAUGUAAAUGUUAAUAAAACAGCAACAUAUUCAAGCUACUCAUGUAUUAACAAUUUUGGAAAUGGAUAUCCAAAUUAUCCCGUCAUUAUAAACAAUUAUGGGAAUAUCAAUAUCAACUACAAUAUUAUUCCAAAGUAAACUGUUUAAUAGAUAUUUUGUGUUUAAACAGUGUGUCAAAGAAACUGUGAUUAUUGCAAAUAACAUCUAAAUAUCUGUUUUCAAGUCUGUUCUCUAAUUUUUGCAAAAUUAAAUUUGUGUUGGUAUUAAAA